GCAAGAAUAACCGUCAUCAUUAGAAAUGAUGUAUCUUCACAUUGUAAUAUUGGCUUUGACCUUUGCUUCUACAACAGCACUUCCACUUAAUCACGAUAGCAGCCAAGAAGCAUCAUGGAGUUUACAGAAAGACAACCAAGCCACUGACAAGAAAGAUUUCGCCAAAGAUCCAAAUGGAAUGUGGAAGAACCAUGUGGUAAGCAGUGACCUUUACUCCCAAGAUUCCUCCAGCCCCAUGGCUGCUGAGCUCAGGUAUAAGCUGAGCAUGGAGUCCGAAAGAUUACGAGCCCGUCUGAAGCAGGAGCUCGCCGAGCUGAGACAGAGGCUUUCUCCUUACCCCAGCCACCCGAAACACACCUUGGCCAACGUCAGAGAGUUCCUAGCUCCAUUCACAAAGCAGCUCCAGACUGCCCUCCAGUCAAACACCCAAGAACUCUGUGAUAAACUCAAUCUGAACCUCCAGGACCUAAACCCAGAUGAAGCUGCACUCUACCAGGAGGUCGUGCAGAGGAUCACCCUUGCACUGGAUGAAAGCCACCAGAAAAGGACAGCAGCCUUUGAGAACUUUAAGACGAAGGCCUUUGAAGCUGUGGAGGAGCAAGGAGACAGCAGUGGAAAGGAACUCUGGGAGGAAGUGACGGCCAGACUGGGACAGGAAGUGUGUACCUUCAGUUUGGAGAUACAAGGCAAGAUGGCCGCGUUGAAGAUAGCUCUGGUUGGCCACCUUGCCUCGGCACAGCCUCCAAGAGAUGUGAUGACUUCAAAAGUGGACCAGUUCUGUCAGAAUUCAUUUGCUCAUAAUCAGCAGUUCAUUUCUAAUUUAGACCAACAUAUAAUCACUCUACAAGAAAAUGUGAGUAAUGGUGAGUCAUCGGCUUUUCAUCAGACAAACAUAGAAUCCAUACAGGAGGAUUUCUCAACUAGACUUUCUGCACUGUUACAGGACAUCAUACACACCCUAAAUUAA